AUGCUUAACUUCCAACCCAUUGGCCUAUAUGGCGUUCUCGCCGCUUUGCUACUCGCAUCCGUGGCUAAGGUGACAUCUGCGGCUCUCAGAAACCCUCUUCGACGGAUACCGGGACCCUGGUAUUCCAGCUUCACUCACUACGUAUUGAAGUUUCACACCAUCACUGGUCGCCGGAUGCACUACGUUCACAGCCUUCAUCUUCGCCACGGGCCCGUCGUGCGUAUUUCUCCUCAGCAAGUUGCCAUUGCAGACCUCAAAGGCUUUUCCGCCAUCCACAAGAUCGGAUCUGGUUUCCUCAAGACGUCAUGGUGCGAGCAGCUGAUAGGGGGUGCUCUCGGCGGGCUCGCAUUCUUCGCCAUGCGAAACCCCAAAGACCAUUCCUCACGUCGAAAACUAUUUGCUCGGCCGUUUUCACAAAACUUCCUGCGCGAAAACUGCGAGGCGAUCAUUAGAUCAAAAGUCGAGAUGGCAGUCAGCCGAAUACAGAACGAGGCGGCCCACGGAAACUCGGAUGUGUUGAAAUGGUGGGUAUUAAUGGCUUCCGACGUCAUUGGAACCCUCUCAUUCGGGGAAUCAUUCGAGCUGCUGCAAUCUGCAAAGAAGAACGAAUAUGUCGAAGUUUUGGAAGCCGCCGCUUUGAGCACGACUCUCCAGGUCGAGUUUCCACUGCUGUGCCUGAUCUGCCGCUACAUCCCUAUCAAAUCUAUUCAGCUAGCACUCAACUCCGGCAACAAGCUGAUCGCCUUUGGUCGGGAAGCCGUCGCGAAGCUCCACAGGAGCAACCAUGAAAAGACCCUCUUCGCCAAUAUGGUAGCCAAGAGUGAGUCGACAGGCGAGGCUCAACACAUCCUUUCGGAUGAGGAUAUCCGGAUCGAAGCCAGCGAUUUCAUACUCGCUGGAGCUGAUACGACCUCCAACACUCUGACAUACAUCACCUGGGCUGUUCUCAGAGACACGGAUCUUCGGGACCGACUCGUUGAGGAAUUGAGCUCCUUGCGCCAGGAUUUCGACGACGCGGCAUUGGAACAACUUCCUCUGCUGAAUGCUGUGAUAAAGGAGGCACUCCGCCUGUAUGGCGCUGUCCCUGGCAAUUUAUCCAGGGUGGUUCCCAAUCACGGCAUUACUAUCUGUGGCCACUUUAUUCCUGGCGGAUACGAGGUCGAGACCCAAGCAUACAGCAUGCAUAGGGAUCCCCGAAUUUGGCCAGAUCCGCUUCGAUUUGACUACACUCGGUGGAUCGAUCCCGCUAAGCUCACCCCUGAACAGAAGGCGAGCUUUUGCCCGUUUGGCGCAGGCACUCGCGUUUGCAUUGGGAUACAUCUGGCGAGAAUGGAGCUCCGGCUAGGCGCAGCUCUGCUUCUGAAGAGCUGCCCGAGACUGAGGCUAUCGGACAACAUGAACGAUUCCAUCAUGGAGAUGUACAACUUUUUCCUGGCAGGGCCGGUAGGAAGACGCUGCGAAGUUACAUCGUUGUGA